UCGUAUAUAAGUGUGCGAGACUACCACUCUGACAUAGUUCACGAACCUCUGUGCUCACGUCGCACGCCGCCCCACACAAAUAACAAUGAAGCUGCUGGUCGUUUGUGCUGUGUUGUCUCUUACGACAGCUCUUCCCCAAAGGAGAGUGUCGCUAAAACCGGAGCAACAGCAGAUAGAUGACCAAGAACCAGCUGAGCAGAACUACAACAACUACCAGCCCCAGCAGGAAUACAGGCAGCAGCAGCAGCAGCAGCAGGCGCAGCAGGAGUACAGAGCUAAGCCAGUGGAAGACUUCAGGCCUAAAGUACAGCUGGACACCACCACCUUCAUCCCCAUCAUCAGCUUUGACAAGGAACAAGGCACUGAUGGCAGCUACAAGACUUCGUACGAGACCGGUAAUAACAUCCACGCCGAGGAGCAGGGCUACUUGAAGGAUGUCGGCGCGGAUCACGACGCUCUGGUGCAACACGGCUCCUACUCCUACACCGCCCCUGACGGCCAGGUCAUCACCGUCGAGUACACCGCCGACGAGUUCGGAUUCAGGGUCAAGGGCGACCACAUCCCCACCCCUCCCCCAGUUUCACCCGAAAUCCAGAAAGGUCUUGACCUCAUCUACGCCGGAAUCAAGGCUAAUCAGGAACGUAACGCUCUGGAAGCUAAAAACAACCCUGAAGCCGCAAGAAACCAAGAAGAAAGGGCAGCUCUUGACUACAAGGGACAAUACUACCAGCAAUAAACACACGGCAUGAAACUGCAGAGUCGGACAAGAAUUAAGAUUAUUUAAAGUAUUGUUAACACAUGCAAGAACAAAACACGCUAACGCCAUUACUCGUGCAACCAUGUGUUUGCUUUUCCAAUGUAAUCUCUGAAGUAUUGCGACCAUGAUCUUAAUUCAUAUGACGAAUGGAAUUCAAAAAUAUGUAUGUGGCAUAACUGAUUACUUAGGUCGAACUAGGGGCAAUCGUAAUUCGUAAUACUCUGUGAGUAAAACAGUUAUCACGAUUGUCAUUACAGUAUUAGUUAAGAUGUUGUGAAUAGGUACAAAUGGGUGCUUUAAAUAUUGUUUUAACAGUUGUGUUCUGUCAAUGGAUAACAUGUCACCUUUUUUUUUGCAAUAAUAAUAUGACUGUAAACAAGAUUAGGCUGGGACUUAUUGCUGAAUGUGUUGAACUUAAUACUCAAGGGGUUUCACUAUUUUAGUUGUGUUCGAGAUUAAUCGAUUAAGCCCAAGUCCAUCCUGGGAUGCCUAUUAGUUUAAACUGCCUAGUGUAAGUACUAUUAAGAGCUGAUAACAACAAUUUUGUUAUUAAAGAGAUCACUCACCUGACUGAUGACGCGCCUACGUCUUUGUUAUCCGCUUUAGUCAUGCAUCAUCAACCAGCUGCAUGUCAUAUAGAAUUGUGAUAAAAUUACGAGGAGGUCUUAUACUUAUUUCUAUACUUUUGUACAUACCUUAUUAACUUAUGUAACUGUUUACAUAAAAAUAAUAAAAAUGUUAUAAUUUG